UUCUACAGCGUAUAAGAGCAUAAUCUUCUCGAAACACAUGUUAUCAUACCAAAAAAAAUGAUCGCAAUCAUUUUCUUCCCCCAAAUGGCCGAAGUUGUCUUUCUUUUGUAGUUUUUUUCAGCAAUUAAUUGCCUUUUAGGCGAUGGGGAGUUGUGAUGGAGGAGGAGGAGGAGGAGGAGGAGAUCUGCGGAAGCAAAUGACAGAGCUGAGCAAAACCCUUAAAGAAGGAGAAAGGAUUCUAGCACCAACUAGGCGACCCGAUGGUACUCUUCGAAAACCCAUUCGGAUUAGGGCUGGCUAUGUUCCACAAGAAGAAGUCGCCAUUUACCAGUCCAAAGGGGCUCUGUGGAAAAAGGAGAUGGCAUCCCACGACGAACCUCCUGGCUAUGAUCCUCCGACAACAGAUGUAAAAACCAAGACCAAGUCAGCUAAGCGAAAUGAGAGAAAGAAAGAGAAGCGACUGCAGGCAGCUCAUGAAAAGGACAAAGUCUUGGAACAAGUGGUUGUUGAAGAGAUCACUGAACCAAAGGAAGCAUACGUAGCUAAUAGGUUGGAACCCAUUCAGUCAUUAAGUUCCCAGAUGAAUGAACUUGCUGUUUCUACCAAUCUGAAAGUUGAAAGCCCUUCUUCUGAGCCAAUUGAUGAUCCACAGUUGCCUUCCAGUGACCUUGACAAGAGAAUUAGAGCAACUAAAAAGAAGAUUCGAAUGGCAGAAGCUCAGUUGCAAAAAACACCACUUCAAGAUAUGAAGCCAGAGCAGGCGAACAAGUUAUCGAAACUAGAAACUUGGCGCUCCGAACUAAUGCUUCUAGAAGAACAAAGGGUAAACCUAAAUUCUUCAUCAUGAAUGAGAAUGGCUGCAUGCAGCAUUAUUGUUCACUUUUAUUUAUCCUUUAUGAUGAGAGAAAAAGGCACCAGGAUUGCUGCAACCAAAAGGAUUUCGACUUGCACCUUCAAAAGUCUAAUCAUCUGUAAAACUCUACUCGUGUGUAAGCAUUUUAUUCAAACGCUUUUUAGCAACCGCAUGAACUGUAGAUAGUUUUAGAGACAUUGAUUUUCUUUUGCCUCUGACAUGAUUUAUUUAUGUGAUUUCCAAUCAUAACGAUGAACCAAUACUUUGGCUUAUCAAAUUUAGAAAAAUAUUAAUGAAUUUUAUUUUAUUAUUUUA